AUGGUGGCGGCCAUAGGCUCGAGCCGGUGGCACGCUGCUCUGAAAAUGGAAAUGAGCCAACACUUUCCGAUCUGGCAGCGGCCUCAACAGCAACGCCUCCGUGAAAGACUCAUUCAGUUUUUCUACUUUCUCCUCUUCCGCUAUCGAUUCAAAAGCCGAAAACAUUUGUUGCCUCGAGAGCUUCAGCCUCCCCAUCACGGUAAUCACCCGAAAACCGUAGCACCUUGCUGGGACCGAGGGCCACCCACGAGACAGGAGCAGGGGAAAGCGCUGCAAACUAAGCCCCGACCACCACGAGGGCGGCGAUCUGAGCCCGCCGUCAGGCCCGGCCUUCACUCCGUCCGAAAUCCCAGCGACCGCCAUGGCGACAUAGAUUUUGGGAGAAGCGCCCCGGCAUGGAUCAUCAGGCCUGAUAGAAUUAACGGCGCAGCCAUAGUGACAGUCGGCGCCAAGGAAACAGAGCUUCGCCGGUGGAGUACCGCAGCCGCGGUCAAAGAGAAGAGGGUGUAA